AUGGCCACUCACAGCGGCGUUUUUGAGGCCCUCGCACGUUCCCUGCAUCCCGUCGCCAGUACCCAUCCAGCGCUCAUCUCAGCCGUCCAUUCCGCAGCAGCAGCAAUCUCAGCCGUUUCUGGAUCCGCGUUGGCCCAGAGAUCGUCUCGCAUGCUCUCGUCUGCUUCAAGCCCGUCCGACGCUUCAGAUCCCUCGGACCCUUCCAUAGCAGCCGCACCACCAUCGUCCCCGUUUGCACGUCCCCCGCAACAGCCAUUACCGCAGCACAAAGGCCUCCCCCAGCUGCCGCCUCCCCCUCCCGUGCCGCAAAGGCGGGACGCGGGCCUGCCCGCCCCAGAUGCCACCUCCCCUUCCCGUGCCGCAACUGCAUUGGCAUGCAUGGUGACCCCUCUCGGCAUGGGCGCCACUGCCACGUGGCAACGACUGAUUGGUGGAAGCAGCGCCAUCCGGGCCCUGAGCCCAUCGGACAUAGCCAUUCCCGGAAUGACAGACAGCCUCGCCGCUGCCCUGCUCUCCCAACUGCCUUCCCUCCCAUCUCGCAUGCCGGGCAUUGGCAUGGUAACCCCUCUCGGCAUUGGCUCCGCUGCCACAUGGCAAUGCCUGAUUGGCGGAAACAGCGCCAUCCGGGCCCUGACCCCAUCUGACAUAGCCAUUCCCGGCAUGACUGACAGCCUCGCCGCUGCCCUGCUCUCCCUUGCCUUCCCUCCCGAUCUCACAUGCCCUGUGUUGUGCCUCCUCUCUCCCCUCUCUCCCCCCUCCCCUUCUCUCCACGCCCCCUUCCCGCCCCUCCCCCUCCCCUCGCCAGGCAUUGGCAUGACGUCCCCUCUCCCCUCUCUCCCCCUCCCCCUCCUUCUUCCACGCCCCCACUCCUUCCCCCUCACCACCACACCCCCACCCCUUCCCCCCACACCUCCCUCCCCCCCCCCUUCGCCAGGCAUUGGCAUGGUGACCCCUCUCGGCAUCGGCUCCGCUGCCACGUGGCAGCGCCUGAUUGGCGGAGACAGUGCCAUCCGGGCCCUGACCCCAUCGGACAUAGCCAUUCCCGGCAUGACAGACAGCCUUGCCACUGCCCUGCUCUCCCAGCUCCCCUCUCGCAUCGCCGGCGUUGUCCCUCCUGUCCGUCCUGUCCCCCUGGUUGCUGCUGAUAGCCGUCCUGAUAGUCCUUCUAAUAGUGGUAAUGCUGGGGUGGAAGGAGGCAGUUCUGCCGCCAAUGCUGCUGCUGGUGGUGGUGCAGCUGAGGAGGAGGAGGAACGUGUGAGAACGGGAGUGUGUGUGAGGCAUCGGCAUCAUCAGCGAGGUGGCAGCAGCAGGCAGGAACUGGUGAAGGCAUAUGCCACCCUUAUCCUCCACCUUUCCCUCAUCGUAUCCCCAUGCGCUCCUGUUUCACCCACCCAGGGAGUGUGUGUGGGAGGAGGCAUCGGGAGCAUCAGUGAGGUGGCAGCAGCAGGCCACCUUCUCUUCGAGCAGGUGUGUGCAAUGGAGGGGGGGAUGGGGUUCGUGCAAUGGAGGGAGAGGUCGGGGUUCAAUGGGGCAGUUGGGGGGUGUAGGGGGAGAGAGGAGGCAUCGGGAGUAUCAGCGAGGUGGCAGCAGCAGGCCACCUUCUCUUCGAGCAGGGUGGGGAAUUGGGGGGCGGGGUGCGUGCAUUGGAAGAAGAGAAGUUCUUUCGCUAACAACAGGUACUUGCUUGCGUUGGGAGCAAGGGAGAGAGCGAGGGCAGGCAUUGGCAGCAUUCGCGAGGUGGCAGCAGCAGGCCACCUUCUCUUCGAGCAGCAGAAGCCCAGGCGCAUCUCGCCGCACUGUGUGCCGCGCAUUCUCAUCAUCAUGGGAGCAGGGUUUGUUGAAAUGACUCUGUACCCUCCCUCCCCCUCCCUUGCCCCCUCCCCUCUCUCCUUCCCGAGCAGAAGCCCAGGCGCAUCUCGCCGCACUAAGCCCAGGCGCAUCUCGCCGCACUGUGUGCCGCGCAUUCUCAUCAUCAUGGGAGCAGGGUUUGUUGAAAUGACUCUGUACCCUCCCUCCCCCUCCCUUGCCCCCUCCCCUCUCUCCUUCCCGAGCAGAAGCCCAGGCGCAUCUCGCCGAACUAAGCCCAGGUGCAUCUCGCCGCACUGUUUGCCGCGCAUUCUCAUCAUCAUGGGAGCAGGGUUUGUUGAAAUGACUCUGUACCCUCCCUCCCCCUCCCUUGCCCCCUCCCCUCUCUCCUUCCCGAGCAGAAGCCCAGGCGCAUCUCGCCGCACUCAGAAGCCAAGGCGCAUCUCGCCGCACUUUGUGCCGCGCAUUCUCAUCAACAUGGCUGCAGGGCACAUCAGCAUUCGCCACCGCCUCAAGGACCCUAACCACGCCUCGGUGUCAGCAUGCGCCUCGUCAGCGCAUGCCAUCGCAGACGCCUUUUUCCUCCUCUCCCUUGUUCUUCCUUGUUCUCCCCUUGUUCCCCCUUGUUCCCGCUUGUUAUUCUCUCCUUUUCUCCCCUCGUCACUCUCCCAUCAGGGUCCCAACCACGCAUCAGUAACAGCAUGCGCCUCUUCAGCGCAUGCCAUUGCAGACGCCUUCCGAUUGAUCCGCUGCGGGGCUGCUGACGUCAUUGUGGCGGGCGGCACAGAGGCGUGCGUCGACGCGCUUUCCCUCGCUGGCUUCUCACGGUGGGUGGCGGGGGCAGAGGAGUGUUGGGGGGUGGGCCAUGGGUGGAUGGUGGGAGGUGGGACGGUCAUCGUGGCGGGUGGCACAGAGGCCUGCAUCGACGCGUUGUCCCUCGCUGGCUUCUCCCGGUGGGUAAUGUGCCUUGCGGGAUGUAUGGUGGGCAUGGGGGGGACGGCUACCGAUGUCAUCGUGGCAGGCGGCACAGAGGCGUGCAUUGACGCCCUUUCCCUCGCCGGCUUCUCACGGUGGGCCUGCAUCGACGCCCUCUCCCUCGCUGGCUUCUCCCGGUGGGUGGUGGGUGGUGGGCAGCGGGUGUUGAGUGGUGGGCAGCGGGUGUUGAGUGGUGGGCAGCGGGUGUUGAGUGGUGGGCAGCGGGUGUUGAGUGGUGGGCAGCGGGUGUUGAGUGGUGGGCAGCGGGUGUUGAGUGGUGGGCCGUGCGUGACUCCAUUGCCCAUGUUUAACGUGACUCCAUUGCCCAUGUUUAACGUGACUCCAUUGUCCAUGUUUAACGUGACUCCAUUGCCCAACGUGACUCCAUUGCCCAUGUUUAACGUGACUCCAUUGCCCAUGUUUAACGUGACUCCAUUGCCCAUGUUUAGCGUGACUCCAUUGCCCAUGUUUAACGUGACUCCAUUGCCCAUGUUUAACGUGACUCCAUUGCCCAUGUUUAACGUGACUCCAUUGCCCAUGUUUAACGUGACUCCAUUGCCCAUGUUUAACGUGACUCCAUUGCCCAUGUUUAACGUGACUCCAUUGCCCAUGUUUAACGUGACUCCAUUGCCCAUGUUUAACGUGACUCCAUUGCCCAUGUUUAACGUGACUCCAUUGCCCAUGUUUAACGUGACUCCAUUGUCCAUGUUUAACGUGACUCCAUUGCCCAUGUUUAACGUGACUCCAUUGCCCAUGUUUAACGUGACUCCAUUGCCCAUGUUUAAGGUGACUCCAUUGCCCAUGUUUAACGUGACUCCAUUGUCCAUGUUUAAGGUGACUCCAUUGCCCAUGUUUAAGGUGACUCCAUUGCCCAUGUUUAACGUGACUCCAUUGCCCAUGUUUAACGUGACUCCAUUGCCCAUGUUUAGCGUGACUCCAUUGCCCAUGUUUAACGUGACUCCAUUGCCCAUGUUUAACGUGACUCCAUUGCCCAUGUUUAACGUGACUCCAUUGCCCCAUGUUUAA